CGCGCUUCCGAUCGCGCCCGCUAGCCCGCACGGUGGCGGUUGUGAUGCUGACGAUGGUUUGGGGAUGCUGAUGGUUUGGGGAGCUGGCCUGAGACCAAGUAGCGCCUUCCGGGCUGGGCGCUAGGACCUGACCGCUCCUCUCCCUGCAGCCGCCGCCACCUCUCUGCUUCCGCGGCACCCACGUUGAGAGACCCCCCCCCCACGCCGUUUCCCUUUCUCCUCCUUCCUGUGCAGGGGGGGAGAAGCCAAAGAAAGAGCGAUGGCGGCACUUUAGCCAGGCGUCCUCGGUGCGGGGCUGCUGCACCGAUCGCCCACCGCGCGGAGGAUGGAGCCGCUUGGGGCGCAGCCCCGGCUCUGAACGCCUUUCGGCAUCCUCCUGCCGCGCUUGCAAAGGAAGAGGCCUCCCCACCCGCGUGCCCACCCGCCUGCCCGGGCGCCUGGGCUUCUCCCUGCCCGGCUUUGCAGCUUGGCGCGCCGCCAUGGCCACGGAUCUGGAGCCCGCGGCUGUGCAGCUGGAGGCGGAGGACGAGGACGAGGAGCAGUGGCUCUACGGAGAUGACAAUGGUAAGCAAGAAGAUGGACUGAUCCCUGGACAUGCAGAAUCUCACCCUUUACAAAAUGUUCCCAAGGAGAACAGGAUUGUCAACAGUGAAGAUCGAGAACUGUUGCAUCAAGCCCUUCCGAGUGGAGAAGAUGAAGAGGAGGACAGCGAAAGUGACAGCGAUGAUGAUGACAUCCGAGUCACAAUUGGCAAUAUCAAAACGGGAGCGCCGUCUUACAUGGGGACCCCCAUGAAUCUGAAUCUAAAAACGGGCCGAGGCUAUGGAGCAACAGCAUCAGCCAAGUCGCAGCCCAAAGGUAUUGAUUUAGAUGCUGCCGGGAAUAUAAACGGCUUGCCUGUAAUAGAAGUGGAUUUAGAAUCGUUUGAAGACAAACCGUGGAGGAAACCAGGUGCUGACCUCUCUGAUUAUUUCAACUAUGGAUUCAGUGAGGAAACCUGGAAAGCCUAUUGUGAAAAGCAGCGUCGGCUUCAGCUUGGCUUGGAGCCCUCAACCCCUGUCAAUACUGAAAACAAGAUCACGGUUCAACAAGGAAGAACGGGUAAUGCAGAAAAAGAGCCAGAAAACAAUAUCAUCAAAAUGGAUUUUAAAACUGAUUUUGUGGCCCUGGUAGGUGGGCGGAUAAAGGCCGGGCCUCCCCCAAACAGAAAGCUGGGUGGGACCAUCGAUGUGAUUGGCGGACAGGCAGGCACUAUUAGAAGGGUAGAAGGACGGCGUCGGGAUAAGCAUGCCUCUGAGGAAAAUCCCAUUCAGGUCCUUGGGGAUCAUGGGAGCAAGUCACAGCAGCCCCAGCAAGCAGCAGCACAGCAGCCACUGGUGCCACCAACAGGUCCUCCUCCACCACCAAUAGGCGGUCCACCUCCGCCCCAUUUUCUCCAUCCUCCUCCGCCAGUUACUUCUGUCCCACCACCUCUUCAUCCUCCAGGUUUACCACCCCCAGGCCCUAUUCCAGGGCUGUUUCCUCCCCCUCUUGCUCCACCGCCAGCCCUUUUGAUUCCAACCCUUGAUGGCCAGGCUGCCAGCUACAGCAACAGACAGCCACCUCCAUUUGGCUACAACUCCACAGAUUCAGGUUUCAUCAGCUACCCUCCCAUUUCAACAUCUCACACGCCCUGGGUGACUACGGUGGACAAAGGCUCCAGUGCUUCCGAUAGUGGUCACUGGGAGUACUCUGGCUCAAGGAGGGAGAGGGAAAGAGACCGGGAUCGGACACCCACCGCCAGUGAAUACAACAAUGAUGACGAAAGAUAUCGUUACUAUAGCCGAGAGCGCAGUUAUGACUUUGAGAGGGACUACUGCAGGAGCAGAGAUCGUAGUCGGGAGCGAGAAGAUCGUCACCGGGAGCGAAGGCACAGAGACAAAGAAGAGGGCAGCAAACACAAAUCAUCACGGCGUAAGCAGCAUGAGAGCGAGGAAGGUGAAAGCCACAGGCGUCACAAGCACAAAAAGAACAAGCGCAGUAAGGAAGAGAAGGAAGUAUGUGAGGAUGGUGCACUGGAGGGAAAUGGACAGGAUUCGAAGGAGUAGCAAAUCUGUGAUCCAAAAACAGUAGUGGCACCUCUACAGCCAGCCUAUCUCCAGUGACUUUAUGUUUUCUGAGGAAAUAAAUGGCUCAAACGACUGGGGACCAAUCAUGGAUGUGAGUUACCCGUAUGAGAAGUUGGAUCGCAUUCACAGUCAAGACUUUUGGAGAGAGAAAACUGUGGCAGCAACUGCAAACAAAGCACUGGGUGAUUUCACAUGUAGGUAAACUCAGUCUUGUCAGAUCCUAUGGCUUCUGAUGGGAGAUAUUUUCUGCUGAAGCUAAUGCAUUAGAGUGUAGGACAAUAUUGGUAAAUCAUUUUUUUUAUUUUUUAGAAGUAGAACAGUAACAGCCACAUGGAGUUGGUUUGUUCAGAAAAGAAAAGUAUUAGGUCCUCCUUAUAGCCAGCUUAGAGUCUGGCUUCUAUAAGCUAGUCCUACUUUCCCUGCCCAUUUCUUACAGCUAGGGAAAUCUCAUUUCUACCAAGAAAAGUUUGGUGGAAAGUGUGAGAAGCCUACUCAGCUCACAGCUCAAUGUGACGCUUUAUGGACUAACAGGUUUCUACCCCAGGGAAUGGGAGCCUUCAAAAGCUGAGUGUUCUACCUUGGCCAAUUUCAAUGGGCUUCCUUGUGAACUAAACAGGAGCAUGGUCUCAGAAAGCCUGCCUUAAGUCGUUCAGUACAACCACUUGUUAUAGCUAUCGGUAGCCUCAGCUGUCAAUGAUAAACUUUUGACAAUUCAUUCACAAGUCACUGACAACACUUUUCAUAGCUCUUAAAACAUUAAAUGUAGCCAUAUUUUUGUUUUGUUUGAAAAGAAGGUGAACAAGAUCUUCAAAUCUUGAAAAGAUAAUCACACUGAUGUGUGCAUCUCUCCUUUUUAAGUUAUCUUUCACCUGCAGGAAAUAUUUAAAAACACUUCCUAAAGUUAUUUGAACUUUAUAUUUUUUUUUUUGUAUUGUAAUCAUGCAAGUCUGGGUGUUUGUAUGAAAUUAACCACCUUGGAAACUUGAGCCAGUAUACCAUUGUAUUUUAGUUUGUAUGCUAUGACAGUGCAGUGAGCGAGUAAUUAAAAAACAUGUGGGAAAUAAAGCAACUUGUUUUGGAAA